AACACAAUUUCUGGUUACACCUUAUUUCCCAUGAAUGGGAAAGGAAGUAAUAGAGCAUGAGUUAUCAUUAUUUGUACAUCCCUGCAUGUAGUUUUUGAAUAUAUGCGCUUAACACAUACACAUUCUCGUAAGGUUCAAGUGUCGUAUUGAGUUGGAAUAGGUACGAAGAUUAUCUGUUGCCUUGAAUGACUAUCAGGCAGCGGAAUCACUGGAUAUCCUGAAGCUAAUUAACGGUGCCAAGAAGUAACUGCCGAACCGUAAUAAUGCUGCAGGAAAUUCUUGCAUUACCAAUUGAAGACAAAAUCUUUUACGCUGUCCUGGUCUUCUCAUGGACGGUGUAUAUUUGGGAGGCCUACCUCGCAUACAGACAGAGGAAGAUCUACAGGACUACAACGCAUGUGCCCACUGAGCUGGGCAAGAUAAUGGAUUUAGAGACCUUUGAAAAGUCUCGCGUCUAUCAGUUGGACAAGAGCAACUUUGGCUUCUGGUCUGGUCUCUACUCGGAGGCAGAGGGCACGCUAAUUUUGCUCCUGGGAGGAAUCCCAUUCCUCUGGAAAAUGUCAGGGAUUCUCACAGCUCGUUUUGGUUUUGGUCCGGAGUAUGAGAUCACCCAGUCUUUGGUGUUCUUAAUGCUGGCGACUCUCUUCAGUGCUCUCACUGGCCUUCCCUGGAGCCUCUACAACACUUUUGUAAUUGAGGAGAAGCAUGGAUUCAACCAACAGACACUGGGUUUCUUCCUGAAAGACGCUCUCAAAAAGUUUGCUGUGACUCAGUGUAUUUUGUUGCCAGUGACAUCAUUGCUCCUCUACAUCAUCAAGAUCGGUGGGGAUUACUUCUUCAUCUAUGCAUGGCUCUUCACACUCAUCGUCUCACUGAUUCUGGUGACCAUCUACGCAGACUACAUCGCCCCUCUGUUUGAUAAAUUCACUCCUCUGCCAGAUGGAGAGCUGAAGAGUGAGAUUGAGAGCAUGGCAAAGUCCAUCUACUUCCCCCUCACCAAGAUCUAUGUAGUAGAAGGUUCAAAGAGAUCCUCCCACAGUAAUGCCUACUUCUAUGGUUUCUUCAAAAACAAGCGCAUUGUGCUAUUUGAUACACUUUUGGAGGAUUACUCCCCUUUAAAUAAAUCUGGAGAGAAAGAGCCAGGAACGGGAGAGGAGAAUGAAGCAGCAGUCAAUGAGAGCAAGUCCAAACCCAAGAACAAAAAACAAGGCUGCAGUAACCCUGAAGUUCUGGCAGUUCUUGGACAUGAACUGGGUCAUUGGAAACUAGGGCAUACAGUCAAGAACAUUGUCAUCAGCCAGAUGAACUCCUUCCUGUGUUUCUUCCUUUUUGCUGUCCUGAUUGGUCGAAAAGAGCUCUUCAUGGCAUUUGGUUUUCAUGAUACCCAACCAACUCUUAUUGGGCUGAUGAUCAUCUUUCAGUUCAUCUUCUCACCUUACAAUGAGUUGCUGUCGUUCUGUUUGACGGUGUUGAGCCGAAGGUUUGAGUUUCAGGCAGAUGCAUUCGCGCGCAAUAUGGGCAGAUCGUCUGAGCUGUACUCUGCUCUCAUCAAGCUUAAUAAAGACAACCUAGGCUUCCCUGUAGCAGAUUGGCUCUUCUCUAUGUGGCAUUACUCCCAUCCUCCCCUGCUAGAGCGGCUCAGAGCUCUUACUGGACCCAAGCAGGACUGACGGCUUUGCAAGGGGGCGCCACGUUCACCACUCGCUCCCCCGAGAAAGGGUCUCCGCCGGCCUCUUUUGGCCCUCUGACAUCGAUGCCUAUUUCUCUCUCCUUCCCUCUCUUUUAUUUCCAUUUCUCUUCUUAAGUGUUUGGGUUUUGCCAUUUGUUUGUUAUCGGCCCGGAAAGCAGUCUAAAUUGUUUUCAGAUGACGUCAGACAACUCUGUGUACAAGAUGUUAACGGUUUUUGAGUCUGUGUUUUCAGUAAGCCUUUUGCAAUUGUUCUUGAUAUGGUUUUGAUUGUUUUAAUUUGUUUAAACGUUUUAACUGUGAAUUGCCCCCUACGGUUCUGUACAUCCGUGAAUUUUGACUUUAAUUUAGUGUCAUCCCCUUGAACCGUGAGAGAGAGGAGGUUGAAACGUCUCAGAUAGGCCCUUAGCAAUGUACGAAACCAAAAGAUUCUUAAAACAAGGGAUUUAAUACUGCGUGCCAGCUGGUGUACUUGAAAUAAUGUCUGUUUGUUGAAACCGAAAUGAUGACUGUCUGCAAUAUAGUCAGGUGAAAUGAACGCAUCAGAUGGUAGAUGUUAUGGACUACCCAAUGAGACAGCUAUUCAGAACUCGUAUGGCUCAGUUAGGCCUGUUAAAUUAUCUAUUCUAAUUUUAGUUCUUUCAAACUUUCGAAAUGAUUUUGUUCUUUGUUUUACCAAUUAAAGGUGUUUGAACAUUUGUAUAUAAAUUUUUGUGAUAUGAGCAACAUACAAAGGCCAGGUUGACUUUAAAAAUAUUUAAUGAGUGGUUAAAAAUGUUUAGUUAAUUUUCUCUCUGUGCCUGUGUGUGCAAGAUGUUGCUGAGAAUAUGUAUAGAAAAAUGAUGCUGUCACAUUUCCCCCAUUUUCUCAGAGAAUCGAAGCCCUUAAUAGUAACCGUUUUGUUGGUGGAAACGGCAUUUAUCAGGAUUCUGUGAGUUUUCACAUUAAGAAUAGCAUGCAGUCAAAAUGUUGAACUCUCAAGGCUUUUAAUGUGAUAUACAUGUAAAUGGAUAAAUGCAGAAUAUUAGGCUUGAAGAGUCUAUCAAAUAAGACCUGUUUAUAAGAACCAUAACAAAUCCAUAGAGAUAUAUGGCUUUGUGUCCAGAUUUAUUCCGCAACUGACAUCUGCAAUGUUUGGGCUGAAAAGGCAAACUUUUGUGUCACCAUUAAUAAAACAGAUCCCAACA